GGCAGCAUCAGUAGUAUAGAGCCUGCCUCCGACGAGUGGUGGCCGUGUAUUUAGCUUGUAAAAUAUCCGGAUACACACCAGGACAGAGAAUAAGAAUAAAUACAAUCUCCUAGGGGAUUUCACGGGAAAACCCGGGCCUGCUUUGAUACGUUAAAGGAGAACAAACAGGAUGUCUGCCAGAGGUGGCAAGAAGAAAACCACUAAACUGUCUCGCUCAGCCAGGGCGGGGGUCAUCUUUCCUGUUGGCAGGAUGAUGAGGUAUCUACGUACGGGUACCCACAAGUACCGCAUUGGCAUGGGUGCCCCGGUCUACAUGGCAGCUGUCAUUGAGUACCUGGCAGCUGAGAUUUUGGAGCUGGCAGGUAACGCGGCGCGGGACAACAAGAAGGGCCGUAUUACACCAAGACACAUCAAGCUGGCCAUAGCCAAUGAUGAGGAGCUCAAUCAGCUUCUUCGCAGUGUGACCAUAUCUAAUGGAGGAGUCCUACCCCGGAUUCAUCCUGAGCUGCUGUCCAAGAAGAGGGGCAGCCGUGUCAAGGUGGAUACUCAGGUCACCGUGCCAGAGAAACGCACCAGUCGAGUGAAGAGCAUCAAAAAGCCCUCAGCAAAAAGAGGAAGAGGAAAGCCAGGCCGGAAACCAAGGAAAAAUGCAGAACAUGACAAAGAAGGGGCCUCCAGUUCCACUACAGAAGAUGGUCCGGGUGAUGGCUUUACAGUCCUUUCAGCAAAGAGUUUGUUCCUGGGUCAGAAGCUUUCAUUGACAGAGACAGAAAUAGGCAAAAUUGGAUCCAUCAAAGUAGAGGGAAUCAUCAACCCCACCAAUGCUGAUAUAGACCUGAAAGAGGGCAUUGGCAAUGCUCUUGAAAAGGCUGGAGGGAGAGAAUUCCUGGAAGGAGUAAAAGAACUAAGAAAAUCCCAAGGCCCUCUGGAUGUCGCCGCAGUUGCAGUGAGCCAAGCUAGUGGCCUGGCAGCUCGCUUUGUCAUCCACUGCAAUGUCCCUCAGUGGGGUUCAGAGAAGUGCGAGGACCAGCUGGAGAAAACGGUUAAGAACUGCCUCUCUGCCGCAGAAGAGAAGAAGCUUAAGUCAGUGGCCUUUCCCUCUCUCCCUGCAGGCCGGAAUGGCUUCCCUAAGCAGACUGCAGCCCAGCUGAUCCUCAAGGCCAUUUCCAGUCACUUUGUGUCCGCCACAGCCUCCUCUCUGAAAAACAUCUACUUCGUACUGUUUGACAGCGAGAGCAUUGGCAUUUAUCUUCAGGAAAUGGCUAAGAUGGAUGCCAAGUGAAGACUUAGUGGUUCUGACCAUGUUUCAGGUGGAUCUCUUUGCAGCUGGUAUAGUGCGAUGCACAGAAAGCUGUGAGUAGAAGUUUUUAACAGUGAAGAUAGUUUCUGUGCGGGACACAAAAUGGUCGUGAGUCAAGUACUGUACGAGUUCACUUUACACUGUUUUCCUCUUUUAAAAUAUGACAUUUGUAUAGGAUAGAAAGAGUUAAUAUCCCAUCGCUUGCCAUCUCUCCUCACAGAUGUUUUUACAUUACACAUAAGGAUGAAUUGAGAUAAUUUUUUUUUUCUUCUUGCCAGUUUUCUGUGUAGUUUCAGAUACUGUUAGUAACUGUACGUCAUUCUGCUUUGAAAUAAAAAACAGAUGUUUAGAUCUUAAAAA